CCAACAUUGAAGAUUCUUCCCUGGGAACACCAUGGCAAUUCAUAUAGUCAUGCAUAAUCGCAUCCGUAUGGACCUCCUCUACCUCCUGCGUUGGAACCUCUUGGCCGACCUAAACGAAAUUACAAUUGUUGUUCCCGAUCAAGCGAUACCUUCCCCUUUCUUUAGCCAUGCCUCUGCGGAUGAGAGCUUUGCCAUACCGCCCUUGAGUCGUGUGGAAGUAACUAUUUCGGACUGCGUCACUAAACGUGACUUCGAUAAACGUCCGGAUCCAUUUCGAUCUCAGCCCCCACCUUUGCUUAUAAUCCACGAGGAUGAUCAGCCUAUUACCUUGAAACAAUUUGUCACCAAAGUCCAUGCGUACCUGAACCAUCACAUGGACGAGAUCAAGAGGGUCAAGGGCGAUUGCUAUAGAGAAUCCAUCGAACAAGGCCGCUUAUACUUGCCCGACAGUGUUGGAUUUUUUUUCAAGAGCGUCUACGCUAACGCGCCAGUGGAUAACAAAGACCUUAUCCGAGUCGCCGUCGCUGUGUUCGCUGACAGCGAGUUCGGCCUCUCCGUAGACCGACUUUGGGCCAGUAAUCUACGGUAUACUGACUGGCAUGAAAAUGAUCGCCAAGAAUAACAAAUGCCUACUGUCUCUGUUUUGCCGCUCGGGAGAUGAAAAGCCUAAAACCCGUCCCUUAACCUAACCCUAAC